UUACUACGUGCCCGAGUCGCCAUUUUGAUUUGUCAGAUGUGUAAUUUUCAGUAAACGCUGACGGCCCACUUUUAAAAUAUUCAAAUAAAUUCUGUUAAAGUGUUAUUACCUACUAUAACUUUAAUUUCAUUCUUUUUAAAAUCUCCCAAAUAUGUCCGGAGGUAGCGGCGGUAGCAGGAAUGAAUGUAGAAUAUACGUUGGUAAUCUGCCUCCUGAUAUUAGGACAAAGGACAUCCAAGACCUUUUUUACAAAUUUGGUAAAGUCACGUUCGUUGAUUUGAAGAACAGAAAAGGACCACCGUUUGCAUUCGUCGAAUUUGAAGAUCCUCGUGAUGCAGAUGAUGCAGUUCGAGCCCGCGAUGGCUAUGACUACGAUGGAUAUAGGCUACGUGUAGAGUUCCCUCGUGGAGGCGGCGGUGGUGCGCGCGGAGGACGCUCGCAGCCUGAUCGCUUUGGGCCGCGUCCAGCAGCACGAGGCCCGCCCGCACGUCGCUCCGAGUAUAGAGUGCUCGUCACAGGACUGCCGCCAUCGGGCUCCUGGCAGGAUCUGAAGGACCAUAUGCGCGAAGCGGGAGACGUGUGCUUCGCGGACACUUUCAAGGAUGGCACUGGUGUGGUGGAAUUCCUACGACACGAGGACAUGAAGUACGCCGUCAAGAAGCUGGACGACUCGCGCUUUAGAAGCCACGAGGGAGAGGUGUCUUACAUCCGGGUUAAGGAAGACUAUGGCAGCGGCGGCGGCGGCGGGCUCAGGGACAGAUCUCCUGAGUAUCAGGCCGGGUCACCUUCGUACACCCGUCGGGGCUCCCCAUCAUACUCUCCGGUGCGUCGCUCGUACUCGCGCUCACGUUCCCGCUCUCGUUCCCGCUCGCCUGUAACCACCCGCCCACGAAACUACUGAGAACGCGGCGGCGGUGGCGGCGGCGACCCGUCGUCCCUUUGACAACAAUACACAACCCUUUAUAUGCCUUUAUGACGCGAAGAUGGCAGACAUGCGUGUACUAUUGUCAAAUGUGUCGCUUGUAUACCACAACCUAACGGAGUGUAUUAUGAUCAGUUCGCUCCCCGUACUUCGGCGAUGUGAGAGUUUUGUGUGAUGAUGGGAAUUAUCGCGUCCUAGUUCUUAAGUUAGUUAAGGUGGUGUUUUUAAUUAAAUGUUAGUUAUUCUUUUUUCUACAUUGUAAUGUAACGAUGACCUGUAGUAUGUUAUGUUUAUGUAAAUAUUUAUUGGCUGAUUGUCUCCGCAUGUAUGUCUUAGAGAUCGCAGCUAAGGAAUAUAAAUAUGUUCUACUGCUUUAUACAUGUACAAUUGUCUAGUAAUAAUAUUUUUUAUUGACAUGAACAUAAUGUAUUGAGUUAUUAUCUGUAACAAAUAUAACUUUACACUACAUAUCGUUUAUGAGCCUCUUAGAUAUAGAUAAGUUAAUGUUCAAAUCACAACCGGAGUAAAGUUGAAAUGUUCAUAAUAUUAUAAUAAUUUAGUGAGUCUAGAUUCUUAGACAGAUGUCAGUCGAUCGUCGUUAGCACGGGGGGUGGCCGUUGUAUAUACAUACGAGUGUUGAUAGUUAUAAUUAAAAGUAUUUUCUUUUGUUUCAUCCUCUGUGGAUUGGACUCGAUGGAUGCUUGGCUGGAGGUGUUAGAGGAUAGGAUAGGACGGACGUAGCUAGAGGGCUGCGGGGACCGGACCGGAUGGACGGACUUGGGACCGGACCCGGACCGGAUAUUGUCGGAUCUCUGGGUAUGAUUUUGAUUUUUUGCAAUAACAUGCACUCCCAACUACGAGCUAACCGAUUACGGCCCUCGAGCUUUGCCUCGUUAUAUACAGUGUGGCUGAGUGUGUGUGAGAUGCAUGUGUGUGUGUGUGUGCGUGCCACGACUGUAUCGAUAUGGAUUGUAUAAGAUUUCGAAACGUCAACCCGAUGUAGUGUAUAUGAAUGUAAUUUAGGUACUGGAUUUGCAUUCCAAAGACCAACACAGUUUGAUGGACUUAAUAAAUUACAUAUGGAUAAUU